AUGAGGGGUCGGCAAGGGGAGGAGUCGAACUACCACUAUGUUCAUGAUAACGGGCAUCACUUCCACUGUGCUAUACGCCCUCUUACUGAAGCCGUUCUUGUAUGUAAAAAAAAUGGUUACAAAGUGCGCUUUAUUCUAUCAGUAUAUGUUAUGGCCUUCGAGAAAAGCAACAUAGACACCUUUAAAAAUUCGAGCAACCUUGAGAAUCGCAAACCUUCAUUCCUAGGAAGCGCUCCGAAAGUGUCAUGUAAUGGUCCGAAUACCACCAUUGUAGACGUAUGUGGAAGUCACAAGAAUUUAAGUGAUCUAAGCGACUGCGAAUUAAAUUUGCAGUAUGAAUUCAGGUCUUUGAAUGUCGAUUUCGAUUAUCUAUGUGCCGAAGGACGAUGGGUGAAAAGCAGCAUUUCAGUGCAAAUGCUUGGCGUUCUCGUUGGCACCUUGGUUCUCGGGACCUUGAGUGACCGCUAUGGUAGAAAGCCGACACUUGCGACGUCGUUCAUCACAACGUCAUUGAUUAGCAUUGCGUCCUCCUUCUCCACAUCACUAUUGGCUUUCACAGUCCUUCGUACUAUUCUCGUUACUGUACCAACCGUAUACGGCGUGUACAAAAUGGAGCACAUCCCGAGAAAGCACCGUUUCUGGGUUUCUACCGUGAUUGCAUGGGCUCCGAAUUUCAUUCUCCUCAAUGGGAUUGCGUACGUCUCGCACGACUGGCGAACAUUUCAACGGCUUCUCGUUGUCGUCACAAGUUCAUUUCCAGUUUCUUUCAGCUUCAUUUCUGAAUCACCUCGCUGGCUAAUACAGAAGGGAAGAAUAGAAGAUGCUCGUAAAGUUCUAAUGCACAUUCAACAUGUUGAUAGGCAAAAGGAAACUAAAAAGGAAGCGAUGCAGGAAAUGCUUGACAUUACCUAUCAGGUUAGAUCUUUCCUUACCGUCUGUUGCAGAUUUAUGACAAGUGUGAUCAAUUAUGGUCUGGUAUUCAACAUCGAGCUACUGUCCGGCUCAUUUUUUAUCAAUGCCACUAUAAUGGGAGCAAUCAGAUGGAUAAUCAACGUCGUCUUUGCCGUGCUCGACUUCAAGUUGCUGCUCACUAAGUAUUACCCUACUGUGGUUCGGAACUCAGGACUGGCAUUGAAGUCAACGUGGAGCCGUGUUGGAACUAUUGUUGCUCCACAACUGUUCCUUCUAGUGAGCUAA